AUGUCGGAGUUGAGCGAUGAGGCCAGUGAGUCGGAGCAGCUGGGGGCCAGCCUGUCCAUGUGGCUGGGGGACACCCUGCUGCGUCCGGAGGAGCUGAAUGUCCCCCUGGACCUCCACACCGCCUGCUCCAUCGGCCAGUACGACGUGGUGGCUGAGUGCAUUCAAAAGCGUGAGGUGAACCUGGAUGGAAAGAACAAUGGAGGAUGGACCCCGCUCAUGUAUGCCGCUUACAUCGGUCAUGACAACAUUGCAAACCUUCUGCUGGAGGCUGGGGUGAAUGUAAAUGCCACAACUUCCAAAGGACUCACUCCCCUGAUGCUGGCAGCCAGCUGUGGCAAUGAGAGCAUAGCAUAUUUUCUGCUUCAGCAAGGGGCAGAAUUAGAACUAAAGGACUCCAGAGGCUGGACGGCUCUGUUCCACUGUACGAGCACAGGCCACCAGCAGAUGGUCAAGUUCCUGCUGGACAACAACGCCGAUGCCAAUGUGAAGGAGCCGGGAUCUGGUUUCACUCCUCUGAUGGAGGCCGCUGCAUCUGGACAUGAAAUCAUUGUCCAGUACCUGCUUGAUCACAGAGUUAAAGUGAAUGUUCGCAACGCUAAAGGGGAGACUGCACGUGCUCUUGCUGGUCUGUACGGCUACACCAAGAUCAUCGGCCUCAUUGACUCACAUUCUCCUAGAAUUAAACCAGGGCAGUUUGAGGACCUGAGCUCCUCAGAGGACUCGGACAGCACGCCCCAGAGGAUUCGUUCGAGUCGAAGUCGAGCUAAGGGCGUUAGCAUCCACGAUGGGCCUCAGGCCAUCGCCAAGUUCAGAGUAGGAGGCACCAGCAAACAGUGCGAGCCUCCAAAUGUGCUGCCAGGCUACAUGUUUCGUGAUAUCGGUGGACAGAGCGAUGGCCUAUGCUACCGCGACGUGACCUCACCCAUCAAUGAGCUGGACGGUCAGAGCCACAGCAGCCGAGAUGAUAGUCCGUUCUUUGACAACGACAUGCCCACCAUGAGGAGCAGCAGCAGCAGCAGUGAAGGCCUACCGAAUACAACCGGACUCAACUGGGAAGGCUCUGUGGAGAGUAACGAGGUCUCUGAUCAGAGCAAAAAGACCAGCUCUCGCAGAGUAACUAAGGGUCACCACUCAAAAGGCAAAGCUCGCCAUGGAAACAGCGAAGGAGCCCAUUCCAGUGGAGCAGGGCACUGUGGAAAACACCCACCUCUGGGGCCCCCACCUUCCUACUCUGGACCAAAGGAUCUGGCAGAGUUCUUGGAGCAAAUUGGCUUCUCCAAGUACCUUUCAUUACUUGAAGAACAAGACAUUGACUUAAGGAUAUUUCUCACCCUGACAGAGAAUGAUCUAAAGGAAAUAGGGAUCACACUGUUUGGACCCAAGCGGAAAAUGACAUCAGCCAUUGCGAGAUGGCACAGCGGCGCUCGCCCCCCCAGCGAUUCCCUGGAACAGGCUUAUGCGGAUCAGCUUGAAGCUGAGAUGCAAGAAAUGGCCAUCCAGUUACACAAGCGCUGCGAGGAGGCCGAGGCCCUGCAGAGUCAGAUGUCCCAGGAAAAGGAGCUGCGCACUGUGAUGGAGGGAUGCCUGAUGGAGGACAAAAUGGCAUGGAAGAGUGUCCACUCUGAGCUGGUGGAGAACCACAGGCUGGCACAAGACAUGAGCGCCACACUGGCCAAGGCCAGGGCAUGCCACACCGAGCUGCUCUCCAGUUUCACCGCCGACGGGAACACUGGCUCUUACAAGGUUUUGGGAGAUAAAGCAAAAAGUGACACUGGUGUUCAAGCUGGAGAUCCACAAACGUGUUCCAGUUUUGUAGAGCUGAUGAAGAAGCUGGAUUCCUAUGAAGAAGAAUUGGCAGGGACUGGGAACGGCCAUAAGCUUUUCAGAGCUCCUGCCAAUAUUCGACGGAGGGUGAUCUAACCACCCUGAACAACCUCAGUGAAAUGGGAGAAGGCCAAAGACUAGGCCGGCCCUGCUGGAGCAACGCAGCGCGGGGGGGAGCUCACCGGCCGCUCAUCUGGACCUGGCUGGUGGACCAGAGCUCGCCCGGCGAGGACACGGGCAACACAGCUGCAGCAUGGAAACGACAAGCAGGCAGGAAGGGCGCGCCGCCCUCAUGCUUGUGCUGGUGUAUGGUGGACUCCUGUAGUCGAGUCGCACAACCUACACAGUGAGGAGGGAGGGACCGAGUCUGGAACACAGGCUGUAAUAAGGCGGCGAGUCUCACUGUUCCAGUUAUGGUUCAAGUCACGCUCAAGACGAGCAUGACAUGGAGAGGUAAAGCCGUCUUAUUGGAAUCUAAAAUGUUCUGCAGAUUCAAUUUUAUUUGUGUCGUGAAUAAAUGUCCUGGUGAAAGUUUUUUUUUUUAAACCCAACAUGUGAUUAUAUGAUUAUUAACUGAUUUGAGAAUACUAUGAUGAGAUUUUGUAAUUUCUACAACAAAAAACCCAAUCAUGUUGUUUAACCUGAAAACCUUAUUAUAUUCUGCUGUGAAUCAAAACCUGUCAGGAAAAUGUGAUGGUGGAUCCCGUGAUUGAUUAAUGUGAUCACCUGGCUCACAGUUCAGAUGAAACUGUGUUUUAAAACAGAAAAACAGCUUUAAGAAAAAUCUUUAAGUAUUAAGCAUUUCAAUUAUUUUUUUUAAGUAUUUAAAUCUAAUCACAACUGUCCUCUCGUUUUCCUACAAGCAGCGCACAACUGUAGCAGCUUGGCAAGCAGGAAAGACUUGACGGUAUGGUUUUGAAAAAUAAAGAUAAUUUUAACAUUUCGUGAUAUUCAUGUUUAAACUUUCUGGUGGUUUGUAUAAUUAACCAAAUACAGAUAUAAAGAAAGAAAAAAAACUAUUCCGAAGGUGUGGCGGCUUUUAAUUUGACGUGGCGGUGCACCAUGAUCAAUUACAUGUUACGGAAACCCUGAUGAUGUCUAAAUAUUUCUGGAUGACGUCUUUAUCUGCUGUAUUCUCACUUCACUUCCGCAAGAAAGCGUGUUUUAACAUUAUAGCUGACUGUGUAUAAUCGCACAUUAAAAAAUGGAGAACAGAACUGAAUCUGGUAUCUUUUCAUUCCA